CCUCCUCAUUCUCCCCGUCCUCCUCCCGGCGUCCCCCUCCUCCGUUUGUUGGUCAUUGUGAAAAGGUUUCGCAGCCCAUGUCUCAGUCAUCGUUGGCCGUUGUACUGCAAGUGUCGUCUGCCCAACAGGAUGUAUUGCUACAGUCCGACAACGUUCGUCGUUCUGAUUUGUCCCCGUUGGCGUUUGUUUCUAUUUUGUCUGUGCCGAACGUCUGCGGAGUCCUUCUGCACGCCUGCGGAUUCCUUCUUGCACACGCAGCGAUAUGGUCGGCGAAGGGAUAUGCUCGUAGAUGGGGGCCAUGCGCGCGCAUGCCCCACUUUUGCCGAGGUGGCGGACAUGCUCCAUGAUUGCUUUGGGGUGUACCCAGAGUGCUGCGAGACACCAGGUUUCCCAAAUUACCAUCUCUCCUAUCUCGAGAUUCACUGCGCUGCAGUACGUUUGCUUUCUGAGUUCCGCCACCGCUCGAGGGAUUCGGGCGUGGGCAAGUCCUCGAUCCUGCUUCGCUUCUGCGAUGACGAGUUCAACGAGAAGCAGGCGUCGACGAUCGGGGUCGACUUCAAGACCAAGUUCAUGCAGGUGAGGGGGAAGAAGCUGAAGCUGGCCCUCUGGGACACUGCGGGCCAGGAGCGCUUCCGGACGCUGACGUCCUCUUACUAUCGGGGCGCGCAGGAGGGCGCACCGCUCCCCGCCUCGCCGCCGCCAGAGAGCCACCUUCGAGCACAUCAAGUUCUGGCAGGACGAGGUGAGGAAGUACUCGACGAACCAGGACGCCGUGCUCAUGCUUGUGGCCAACAAGGUCGACCUGCCCGACGCGCAGGUGACCCGGCAGGAGGGCGAGGAGUUUGCGUUCGCCAAUUCCAUGAUGUUCAUAGAGACCAGCGCGAAGACAAGACAGGGCAUCAAGCAGGCCUUCGAGGAGGUCGUCUUCAAGAUCCUCGACACCCCGUCCCUGCUCCAGAGCACCCAGGCGGCGGGCCGGCAGGUGACGGGCAGCGGCGCAGCUGCCAACGCGGCCGGACAAGGAGCUUGUAGUUGCUAGCAGGGCGCCUCUUGGCCCCCCUCUGCCAGGCACAGCGCUGGGGGGGACGGCUGCUGGAAGGCGCGCGGGGGGGAGGGGGGGGCGGAAAAAUUGGGCAAGUGCCCCUCGCCGUGGUCUUGUCCACGACGCCCAGUAGGCCUCCCUUCCGCGCCGAGAGGGGGCGGAGGGCCCCUCUCGGGCAUGAGCCGCGGGGCCCUCCCCGGAGAGGCUCGCGCGCCCGCGGGCGGGCGGCCGAAGGGGCCGGCCGUCUCGCGGGUUCGGCGCCGGGCCGAGGGCGGACAGAGCCUCGGAGCCCUGGGCGCAGUUUUGCAUCUUGGCGUGGACCCGGCCCGAGUCGAUUCGUGCUGUGCUGCGCUGUGCUUAUAUAGUGAGUUGCCUCGCCGUGCCGCGUGGCGCUGGGUCGUGCGGUGUCGUGCCCCUUUCACGAGCGGUUGGGGGUCGAUCUUGCGCUCGCCGCGCGCCGGGGCUCGUCUCCCGAUGUGCAGGCAGUGCAUUCGGAGACUGGGAGUGG